UCCAUGCCCAGGAACUGCAGAUGCCCAACAGCAGCUCCAUCAGCGAGUUCCUCCUGCUGGCGUUGGCAGACACGCGGCAGCUGCAGCUCCUGCACUUCUGGCUCUUGCUGGGCAUCUACCUGGCUGCCCUCCUGGGCAACGGCCUCAUCAGCACAGCCGUAGCCUGCCACCACCGCCUGCACACUCCCAUGGACUUCUUCCUCCUCAACCUCGCCCUUCUCGACCUGGGCUGCAUCUCCACCACUCUGCCCAAAGCCAUGGCCAAUGCCCUCUGGGGCACCAGGCACAUUUCCUAGUCAGGGUGUGUUGCCCAGGCUUUUCUGUUUGUCUUUCUCAUGUCAGCAGAGUAUUGCAUUCUCACCAUCAUGUCCUAUGACCGCUACGUUGCCAUCUGCAAGCCGCUUCAUUAUGGGACCUUGAUGGACAGCAGAGCUUGUGCCACCAUGGCAGCAGCUGCCUGGGGCACUGGGGUUCUAAAUGCUGUGCUGCACACUGCCAACACAUUUUCUCAGCCACUGUACCGAGGCAAUGCUGUGGAUCAGUUGUUCUGUGAAAUCCCCCAGAUCCUCAAGCUCGCCUGCUCAGAAUCAGACUACCUCAGGGAAACUGGAUUUAUUGUGUUUAGUGUUCUUGCCAUAUUUGUGUGUUUUGUGUUUAUUGUUUUGUCCUAUGUGCAGAUCUUCAGGGCCGUGCUGAGGAUGCCCUCUGAGCAGGGACGGCACAAAGCCUUCUCCACGUGCCUCCCUCACAUGGCCGUUGUCUCCCUCUUUCUCAGCACUGUGAUGCUUGCCUACCUGAGACCCCCCUCCAUCUCCUCCCCUUUUAUGGAUCUGUUGGUGUCAUUUCUGUGCUCAGUGGUGCCUCCAGCUGUGAACCCCCUCAUCUACAGCAUGAGGAACCAGGAGCUGAAAGAUGCAGUGAGGAAAAUGAUGCCGUGGUCACAUUUCACCAGGGAUAAACUUCUUACCUGUCUAUACAAUUGA